GUCGUCUAUCUGUCAAAGCGAAUACAUAAACUUUCAUCUACACCAUUUUGCCUAUAGAAAUAAAAACGACCAUUUAGCCGACGUAAAUGUGAUACAAUUGAAUUGGUGCCAGACGUGACGGUGCAUCUGUUAUUAUUUUGCAGCAAUGAUGGAUAAUAACAUAUUAUCGGUGUUCCGAAAUGGCCAUGAAAUUUUAUUAACAGAAAAUGAAGGAUUGGACGGCAGUACGCUCAUACCGUUUGAGCUUGGCGGAAGAUUGACAAAUGAUCAACAAGCGAAUAAGGCCCGGACCGUAUCGAUUAUGGAUUUGGGUAAAAUGUUAUUGCAUUGUGCCAAAGAGGGUGAAACGCAAAAAGUACACGAAUUAAUGAGUCGCGGUGCACCUUUCACAACAGAUUGGCUCGGAAGAACACCGUUGCAUGUAGCUGCAGAGGGAAAUCAUUACAAUACCUGCGAAGUUUUGCUUCGAGCCGGUAUUAGCAAAGAUGCUCGGACGAAAGUCGACAAAACACCGUUGCAUUUCGCGGCAUUCGAGGGUCACAUACAGAUCGUUCAACUUCUGUUGAAACAUUUUUGUGAUGUAAAUGCAAAGGACAUGUUGAAAAUGACACCGCUUCAUUGGGCUGUGCAGAAGGGUCACAAUCACAUAGCCAAAGUGUUACUGCAACACGGAGCCGAUCCGAAUGCCGUGUCGAAAUUUUCAAAAACACCCAUCUCAUUAGCGGCUGAAUUGGAGCAAAAUGAACUCGUCCAGGAAUUGUUGAUACAGAAUUCACAGCGCAGUGAUUUUGAACAACAACAGGCUGCUGACACAUUGGUCCAUGAAUUAAGUGUCCGGAUGAAACCGGAUCCGGAUCACAUUAUUGAGGAUAUUGACGAACUAUCCAACAACACGGAAAUGGAUGUGAUACAUUCGUCGCCCGAAUCAAGCCCUGUACUAUCACCCGUCUUCGAUUCGUUUGAUUCAACGAAAUGCAAUCUUCAGGCCGCAAUCAACAAUUCUUCCGACGAAAUAAAUUCCGUGAAUGCGACCACAUUAGCGCUACUGAAAGAACAUGGCAUUGCGAUGCAAGAAGACACGGACAAUACACUAAUUACAUCGGCGCUGCAAAGUGGUCGACAAUUGGUACUGUCCGAUGCAGGGAAAUUAUUGCUCAACGAUCCUAAGUUUAGAAAAUCGAUUCAACCGAUGACAGCAGCCAAGCAAUGCAAUAUUAUGACAAGUCCGACGAGUACAAAUACAGCGACCAUGACCAAGUCCAGCAUAGGAGCGUCAACGUUUAAAUUCGAAUAUGUGAAAAAGAAACCGACAAUACUAGCACCGAAUGCCAAAUCAAUGCCGUUAGAGACAAACAAGGUGAUUAAAAUAUUAUCAGCGGAGGAGUUCAAACUGAUGGUUGGCAAUAACAGUGGCAAUUUCAAAACGUCUAAAACACCAGGCCUAAUACGGUAUCAAACCAUAAAACAUUCCAAUUCUUCUCCGAUAACCCAACUGGUGAAACGUAAAAAUCCAAUCGAAAAUAUUCCCAACGGUAAAAUGAAAAUAGGUCCCCUGGCCGGUACAAUAAAAAGUAUAAAUAAACCACAAAAUAGGCCGCCAUCCCACAUCCGAAAUAUCCAAAUACCAACGCCAGUGUCGUCACCCUCAUCCACAAUACAGAGAGAGGCUAACCCUGACAUAUUGUCCCGUGUUUCAUUCAACAUAAUCGGUACGUCAUCCGCGUCAAAUAUUCCACAGAAAUCAACCAGUCAGCCAUACACAGUGAAACUACUUUCACUGCCGCAAAAGACUACAACGACAAUGACCAAGUCAAAACCGCAAAUCGUACACCAACUACACACCCAGCCUCGACAACAACAGCAUCAGCAGCAGCACCAGGAAUUAUUCGUUGCCAAUGGUACCGAUGUGUCGCACAGAACAGAGAUCGAACGGCAAAUAGCCGAGCUGAAGAAGGAAACGCAAGAGCUGCGAAAGAAACUGGAAUUGUCACAAAAGCAAAACGACGAAAAUAAAAAGGAAACGCAAGAGUUGCGGAAGAAAUUGGAGCUGUCACAAAAGGAAAGUGAUGAAUACAAGUGUCGUUUGGAAAAAUUAGAAAGUGAAAAAGAACAAGAGCGCGAGGAGCGACUUAGUAGACAGUACACGAAUUCGUGAAUAAUAUUCACUGUGACUAACUUUUAUCAGAUAAAUGUUUUUGUUAAAC